GUGGCGCUCCAUAGUUUUGCAGGCAAAGCCUGGCAGGGGGCGUUUCUUCAGCUGUGGGGUCUCUCCAGGUCGUUUGGUCGGAACCGGCGGUAGUUGUGGGCCGGGCAAGGCGGAGAAUCGGCGGAGGCGGGCAACCCGCCCCCAGCGCGCUUUCAGCACACGUGUCGUUUGGCUGCGGCCCCUCUCACGCCCCUUGUGCGCCGGCAUCUCUCGGCUGCGCUCCCGCGUCCAGGGCGUCAGUCUUAUCGCCGGUCCCGGAAGUGAGCUCGCGCCCUGAGGUUCGUGCUGCUGGGUGGCGACCGUCGCCACGGUGGCGGCCACUGCAUCUCGUCCCACCUCCGCGGCUCUGGGCGCCGUGGUGUCGGCGGGCCCGGAGCCUAUGACCACCCAGGGUCAGUCGCAGCCGGGGUCGCUGUGGAGCACGGUUUUCCACCACGUCCGGUAUGAGAACCUGGUAGCGGGUGUGAGCGGAGGGGUCUUGUCCAACCUCGCGCUGCACCCGCUCGACCUCGUGAAGAUCCGCUUCGCCGUGAGUGAUGGAUUGGAACUGAGACCGAAAUAUAAAGGAAUUUUACAUUGCUUGACUACCAUUUGGAAACUUGAUGGACUACGAGGACUUUAUCAAGGAGUAACCCCAAAUGUCUGGGGUGCAGGUUUAUCCUGGGGACUGUACUUUUUCUUUUACAAUGCCAUCAAAUCAUAUAAGACAGAAGGAAGAGCUGAACGGUUAGAGGCAACAGAAUACCUCAUCUCAGCUGCUGAAGCUGGAGCCAUGACCCUCUGCAUUACAAACCCAUUAUGGGUAACAAAAACUCGCCUGAUGUUACAGUAUGAUGGUGUUGUUAACUCUCCACAGCGGCAAUAUAAAGGAAUGUUUGACACACUUGUGAAAAUAUAUAAAUAUGAAGGUGUGCGUGGAUUGUAUAAGGGAUUUAUUCCUGGAUUGUUUGGAACAUCCCAUGGUGCCCUUCAGUUUAUGGCAUAUGAAUUGCUAAAGUUGAAGUACAACCAGCAUGUUAAUAGAUUACCAGACGCCCAGUUGAGCACAGUAGAAUAUAUAUCCGUUGCAGCACUAUCCAAAAUAUUUGCUGUAUCAGCAACAUACCCAUAUCAAGUUGUGAGAGCUCGUCUUCAGGAUCAACACAUAUUUUAUAGUGGUGUAAUGGAUGUAAUCACAAAAACAUGGAGGAAAGAAGGCAUUGGUGGAUUUUACAAAGGAAUUGCCCCCAAUUUGAUUAGAGUGACUCCAGCCUGCUGUAUUACCUUUGUGGUGUAUGAAAAUGUCUCACAUUUUUUACUGGACCUGAGAGAAAAGAGAAAGUAAGCUAAGAGAAGAUAAUUCCAAUGUAUCUGCUCAAGGUGGCAACAAGCUCUUUUGUGUUUGAGGCGUAAACUCAGAAGAAUGCUGCAUAGCAACUUGGCUCAUAAUCGAAAUUGGUCUGUAAUUUUUAUAAGUCAAAAAACUGCUAAGUCUUUGCAAUGUUAUUCUGCUUUUUGCCUUCCCCAUAUGUAUGGGAUUUGGCUACCUCUGCCUGAAGUGACUGCUGUCAGCACAAUGCUAAAACUGACAACAAAUGUAGAGUUUCACAAAUUUCUCCAUUUCACUGUUCAAGUAGAAGCUGAUUUGCAACAUUUGAUAAAUGGAUUAAAUCAAUGUGCUGCUUUUUCUGAA